AUGGAUCUAAUUUGUGGUACUCUUGUAAACCACAAGGGAAAAUUAGGUCUUCUUAAUGGAGGAAGCAGACGUUUUGAGCUGUGGGUUCUAGUAGACGCAGAGACGCGUGAAUGGUCGAAGAAUGUAUCCGUAUUGCCACAACCUCUGUGGGAGAAUGCAGCUGGAAAGGACAAGUUAUACAUUGUUGGAGUGGCUGGUGGUACUGAUGAAGUUGUCUUGUGGCGCUAUGUAAAUCGGCUCUAUGUUUACUACUACAACAUGGAGAAGAACACUUUGAGAAGAGUUAAGAUCAAUGGAACGGACGCGGUUAGGGACUACACAGCGUACAUGACGCUAGACUAUGUAGAGGACGUGAAGCUUAUGGAACAUGUUUAG